AUGGAUCAGAACCACCCAUUUGGUGGCUCACAUUGCAAAAAGCCACGAAGAGACACAUCGAUAAGCGAUGUCGACGGCCCGCUUUGGCUGCCACGAAAUGGAUGUCCAGUUGGCGCUUUGCUUUGUGACAUCCCGCGGCUGCAGGAGGUGUUGAAGGCUUUAGCCGCUGAAAAGCCCAACUUGGCACGGCCAAAGGCUGUGAAGGAUUACAAUGGCCGGAAAGCAGUGCAUUUGACCAUUGAGGGUGCCACCCUCCUGUGCUUUGGACAAGCUCCAGAAGCCAUCAACAAGCUUCUGAGGGAAGGCUCCGUGGAAUUUCUCCCAGGCUUACGCCUUGGUGCCCAGCGGUGCCGAGGGCCAGCUCGCAGCGCUGAGAAGGCCUUAGCCUCAAACUCCUCAUGCUUUGCUUUUGUGGAGCUCUUCGCUGGGAUUGGUGGCUUCAGAUGGGCCUUGGAGGCUCUUGGGGGCCAAUGCGUGUUCGCCUCUGAGAUCGAUGUGGACUGCCAGGACGCCUAUGCAGCGAACUUUGGGUCCGAAGAUCUCUACGGUGACAUCACAGCUGUCGAUGCGAAGGUUGUCCCAUCACACGAGCUCCUCACUGCUGGUUUCCCAUGUCAACCCUUCACCCGUCGUGGCGAGCGUUUGGGCUUUGAGGAUGCUCGUGGGGAGCUGUUCUUUGAAGUGCUGAGGAUUUUGCACUCUUGCAAACCUAAAGCCUUUCUGCUGGAGAAUGUCUGGAAUAUGCAGUUCCUGGAUGGCGGCCAUUGGGACGCAGACCCGCAGAAGUGCGUUUUCGGGGAAGUCUACAAGAAGGUGAUAUCAUGCUUGGAGGACGUCGGCUACGAGGUUCAAUCAAAGCAAAUAAACUCCGAUGGAUGGGUUCCUCAGAAGCGAGAAAGGCUGUACUUCGUGGGAUUCAGACGAGGUCUUCCGUUGGCAAAGGACUUUCAAUGGCCAGAACCACCUGCAAAUGGCCGCUCCCUUGAGGAAGUCUUGGAAUCUGCUGAGAUGGCUCAAUGUUGUGAACUCACUGAAGCACAGUGGCGUGCUGUGCAGAAGAGUUCUACUUGGCUCUCUGGUGGGGCACCCUUGCGGUUCGCACAGCUGGAGGGUAAGGCUCGGACCUUGACAUCCAGUUACAAGGCCUCUUUCGCGUGCACCGCGGAGCUCGUGAGCGACCCUCAGCUCGAAAGGCCACGCUUCUUCACUCGCCGAGAGUGCGCACGGCUCAUGGGUUUCCCAGACAAAUGUUUUCUGGGCAAUGAGCACAGUGAGAACCGGGCGUAUCAUCAGCUGGGCAAUGCUGUGUGCCCUCCAGUGAUCAAAGCCAUCGCUGAAGCCAUUCUUCACAGUCUCGGGAUUCUGCCGAUGGUUCACCGAAAACAAUGA